AUGGAACUUACUGAGGAGGAACAAAAGAUAUUUAGCUGGGCAUUCGGAGUAUUAAAUGACGAGAAAGAUGGUAAUAUUACCAAUAAAGAACUAGCUGCUUUUAUGCGUUGUAUUGGAAAAACUGCAACAGAAAGUCAGCUCAACUCGAUGAUCAAUGAAGUGGACACGGAUGGCAAUGGAUUCAUUGAUUUUAAUGAAUUUGUUACCGCACUGACGCGUAAAUUAAGCGGAAAUCUUGAUGACGACGAAAUACGCGAUGCAUUUCGAGUCUUUGAUAAAGAAAACACCGGUUUUAUAGGACCAGAUCAAUUGAGAUCUGUGUUCUUUGACGUCGACCAGGUGGUACAUGAGGACGAGAUUGAGGAAAUGAUACGAAAUGCCGAUCAGGAUGGCGAUGGACGACUUAGCUAUGAAGAGUUUGUUCAAAUGAUGUCAAACCGAUAA